AUUAGUUAUUAUAAAAUGUUGCAAAUAUCAACAAAAUAUUAUAGAAUUUUAACACUAGUGUUAUUGCAUUAUUUGCUCUGCUAUGUUGCAGCAGAAAAUUCAACUGCACGUAAUACAACCACUAAAGUUCAAGAAACAGCUAUAUUAAAUUUUAUGCCACAAUUAUCAACAACAAUAACAAAUUCAAGUGAACCAUAUUGUGAGCCAAGCCUUUGUGAAUUUUACAAUGGCACUCAUAUAAAUCAAAUGCCUCACAUCGCUUGUCAUAACAAUGGCGAAUUUGGACCAGCUUGCGGUGUUAAGCCACGACUUCUUGACAUGAACGAGCGUCGUCGCAAUCUCAUCUUAGAUAUGCAUAAUUUAGCAAGAUCACGCAUAGCUUCUGGCGAACUUGAGGGCUACAAACCUGCUUCCCACAUGCCACUACUUAAAUGGGACACUGAGUUGGAGCAUCUUGCGAUGCUGCACGUUAAACGUUGUCAAUUCGCACAUGAUCAAUGUCGCAAUACACCCAAUUAUCUAUUCAGUGGUCAAAAUAUUGGUUACUUUUGGAUUGGCCGUGAAUUCAAAUCGCACUCGAAACGCAUGAAGGCAUUUAUACUUAAUUGGUUUAAAGAAUAUCGUGAUGCUGAUCAAACAUUUAUUGAUAGCUAUCAUCCGCACCCUGAACGCAAAAAGAUAGGACACUUCACACUUAUGGUUGCUGAUCGUACGCAUCGCGUUGGUUGUGCUGCAGUACGGUAUAGAGAACCUAGCCAACCUGAUGAUGUCAAAUUCCUCAUGACGUGCAAUUAUGAUUUCACCAAUAUCAUUGGAGAGCCCAUAUACCAAACUGGUCGUACUGCUUCAAAAUGUACCUAUCAAAUAAGUGAGAAAUAUCCAAAUCUUUGCGAUUGGAAAACAGCUGUUUAUGAAUACGACGAAAACGAUGAUGGUGAAAAUAAUUUGUUAAAUAAUAAUAUACCAUAUAAUAUGCCUAAAACAUUACAUUUAAUUUUUUUAACAGCUUCAAUUCUUGCUGUUGUCUUGCAACAAAGUGCAGCUACUGACUACUGCAGUUCAACAUUAUGUGGUUCUGGUAGAACGCACGUUGCCUGCGGUAACACAGGUGCAUUUGCAUCAACUUGUGCCAGCGAUGCAAAUAUCAUAUCAAUGACCACCACUCUACAAAAUGCCUUACUCGACAAACAUAACACCCUCCGUAACACUGUCGCAGCGGGCAAUUUAAGUGGAUAUACGGCCGCCAAACGUAUGGCAACUAUAGUUUGGGAUGCAGAAUUAGCUAUGUUGGCUGAAUUGAAUGUUAAACAAUGCGCCAUGAAACAUGACCAAUGUCGUAAUACUGACAAAUUUAAGCUCGCUGGUCAAAACUUGGCUUACAGUGGGUGGUCUGGCACAACUAAGGAAGUACAGGCUGUAUCCGUUUCACAUGUGCAAAUGUGGUUCGAUGAAUAUAAGGAUUGCUCAAUGACAUAUAUUAACAAUUAUAGCAAUCCAACAAAUGGGAAAGUAAUUGGUCACUUUACGCAAGUAGUACAGGAGAAAGCAACAAGCAUGGGUUGCGCCAUCUUACGUCAAACUAAAAAUGGUUUCACUGAACAAUAUACGGCUUGCAAUUAUGCAUACACAAAUGUAAUUAACCGUCCCGUUUAUACUAGUGGUACCGCAGCUUCAGCUUGCACAUCCGGCAAAGAUGCAACUUAUAAGUCCUUGUGUUCUACUGCGGAAGUAUAUAAUGUAAAUUCAUAAAUAUACAUUCCAUCUUUUAAUUGAAAGGAAACGAUAGAUAUAUGUACUAAUAAAUAAUGAUUAUUUGAAAAUAUA